UGAGAACACAGUGAGAGUUCUGUCAGUCGGUGAACUUCUCUGUCACCUAAUGAGGAAGCAAAGAGGAGUUUGAGGCGCUGCAGCAGAUGAAACCACAGAGCAGAGGCAGAGCAUCGACAACUGCUGCGUCUGCAAGACAGGAAACGAGAGACGCAAGAGAGAGAAGUUUUGUCCUCCUCUUUACAGGCGACAAACUCCGCAGAGAAGCACACGACGUCUCCCGAGGAGGUUUUUCUGAACCUUCUUUGAUGCGACCUGAAGAGAAAAGGCAGGAAGUUUGAGUCGAAAUGGGCACUGAGGAGAAAGAUUCAGAGUCUGCAGCUCAGCUCGGAUCAUCAGAGACGGAAAAAGAGUGUCCUGUUGAGACGCCACCAGGACAAACAUCAGACGCCUCCGACCCUCUUAACACCUACCGCUGGCACACGGGCUCCAAAGGAACCCUGAAUGAAGGAGAAGCAGCAGCAGCUUCUCCUUCAUCGACCAUGGAUAAGAUCCAGAAGGCCUCCACCAACAAGUGGAACAAGAUGCAGAACUGGCGCAAGGCCUUGAGCGAGGACACCGGGGACAAGAACUCGUCUGGUGGGAAAAGUGGAGACGGAGGAAAGCCCGACAAAGGCAGGAAGAACCCGUUCAGACGGGCAAUGUCCGAACCUCCGGGCUCACUGUUCUCAGUCUUGUCUCCGUCCUCCAGUGCAGGCAGCUCGGCUCACGCGGCGGCGUCUUCGUCCUCAGCCGCCGCCGCCGCAGACGCCUCGGGCGUCUCCACUGCAGACGCGUCGCAGAGAGCAGGAGGAGGAAUGCUGCUGAAGAAGUACCUCAGGACGGUGUCCCAGAAGCUCAAGAGGCCCAGGCUGCAGAGUCGGAACAGCGCCUCGGCUUUGCUUCCAGACAUGGACGAGGUCAACCCGCCGUCUGAGCUGCCUCGACUACACUGGCCUCAACCACAGGAGGUUCCUCUGUGGGACAUUAGCAAGUGUGUCCUCGAGGAAGGACAGAUUCUCAUAUCACCAGAGGAGGAGCCAACGAUGUGGACCCGAAACCGUUUCAGCAGUUGCCUGUCCAACAUCAGCAUGCAGAACCUUGUGGACAUUGACGCAGAAUGUAGUCCCGACCAUGUGGGCCUGUCAGGUGGUCCUCGACCAAAGAGCCAAGACGGUGGUGUGAGGGCACUCAUCAAGCGACGGAUUCAGGAGAAUAGGGCCAAGAGGAAUAGCAACACCCAGCCAAACUCCAUCGGCCUGAUCAAAGGAAGCAGGUAUGGUUCCCGGGAGUCUGUGUCAAUCCCAGUCAAUCCACUGGAGAGUCUGGAUCUGAGUGCAGACAUCACCACUGUCAUCCGGCCAGUCCACAGCUCCAUUUUGGGGGAAAAGUACUGCUUUGAGGUGAUCAAUUCUGAGAGCACCCACUGCUUUGGCUGCUCCUCAGCUGCUGAACGUGACCGAUGGAUUGAAGACCUAAGACGGGCUGCCCAGCCCAAUAAGGACAACAUUGAGCGCACAGAGAACUCGCUGUGCCUGUGGAUAAAUGAAGCUAAAGAUCUUCCACCCAAACGGCGUUAUUACUGUGAGGUACACCUAGACGGCACUCUGUUCGCCCGCACGAGCAGCCGAGCUGUGGGCAAGCCAUCGAACCGCUCCAGUCUGGCAGAUGGCAGUUCCACCGGGUCAUCGGGAGGUGUUGGGGCCAGUGGAGGUGUGGCUGGAGGGUGUCAGCUGUUCUGGGGUGAAUUCUUUGAGCUGGACAACUUGCCGUGCGUCUCCCAAAUCACCUUGCAUCUCUUCCGCGAUGACGACCCCAAGAAAAAACGCCACUCCAAAGAUGAGACCAGCCUGCAUCCACUGGGCAGUAUGGCUAUUCCUUUAGCUGAUAUCCGAGGAAGGACCUAUCAAGAGAAAUGGUAUCCGAUCACUCCGUACAAGGCCUCAGGCUCAGCGGGGAGCAAAGACCUGCUGGGGGCACAGACAUCCCUCCGAAUUAAGGCUCGUUUCCAGAAUUUGAAGGUGUUACCCAUGGAGAAAUACAAAGAGUUUGCAGAGUAUGUGACAGUGGAUUACGUGGAGAUGUGCAGAAAUUUGGAGCCACUUCUGAAUGUCAAGGAGAAGGAAGAGCUGGCAGGUGCUCUGGUCCAUGUGCUCCAGAGUAUUGGCAAAGCCAAGGAGUUCCUCAUUGAUUUGGGAAGUGCAGAGGUGGAGCGUCUUGGAGAGAGGGAAGCACUGAUCUUCAGAGAGAACACACUCGCCACAAAAGCCAUAGACGAAUAUAUGAAGCUAGUUGGCCAGAAGUACCUCAUUGACACACUAGGAGACUUCAUCACUCGUCUUUAUGCGUCAAUGGAGAACUGUGAAGUCGAUCCUCGAAAAUGUCCUGCCACUGAACUGUCAAACAACCAGAAGCACUUGAAGGACGCCUGCGACGAGGUGGUGCAGAAGAUUAUUGAGAUCCACGGACCUUUUCCUGAAGAGUUACACAAAAUCUUCUCCAGUUGGAUGGAGCUGUGUGAGGACCGGAGCAGACCAGAGAUUGGCCAGCGUCUGAUCUCAGCUUCUCUCUUCCUGCGCUUCUUAUGUCCUGCUAUCCUCAGUCCCUCUCUCUUUGGUCUGACACAGCCAUAUCCAGAAACAAACACCCUGCGGACCCUCACGUUAACUGCCAAAGUCAUCCAGAAUUUAGCCAACUUCACCUUGUUUGGUGAGAAGGAAGAGUACAUGCUUUUUAUGAAUGAAUUCCUGGAGCAGCACUGGAAUGGAAUGAGGGGUUUUCUCCAAACAGUGUCCAGUCUUGACACCGAAAUCCCCAUGACCUCUUUCGAUGGCUACGUGGAUUUGCCUCUGCGCCUGGCCGUGCUCCACGGCCUACUGGUUGACAUCAUCCAUCUCAAGGAUCAGGACACUAUUGACAAGCUGGACCCGCUGCCAUCCAUUCUGAACCAGAUAACAGAGUCACUUGGUCCUGAGGCACCACGGAUCAUGGUUAGAAGCAAUCCAGGACAAGUCAAGCCAAUGUAUGUUCCUCCUAAAGACUUGGGCAAAUACAGUCCUCACCAAUCGUCCCUCCAGCAGCUUCCUGUGGAGGCCAAAGGCAUACGAGACGGGGACGUUCGGACUCGGAAGAACACAAAAGAGAGGACACCAAUCAAAAGGACCCACAGUGCUCCGCACCGACCCACUGGUCAUGCCAAACGUGCCCUAAAGCGGCAGACGAGUUCUGAAGCUCUGCCGACGACCGACCACGAACAAGAGAUGGAGACCAACCAACCACUGAUCUCGCCACCAAAUACUAGUGCCAGUCUCAAACGUACACAUCAACCAGUUCCCUGGAUCAAAAACAGCCUCAGUAAGGAAUCAAGUGAGAUGAAGACUGAGAACGAGCAGAUCAACCUACUGGACAGGCACGGCCAGGAGCUGUCGGAGUUGCGUCUGGGGAUAGAGCAGGUGACGGAGCGGGAGCUGGACAUGGCGAAACGCCUGGAGGACUUCAUCAUCCAAAGCCAGGACCAGAAUGCAAUGCUGCUGGCUGAGGUGACCGAGCUGCGGAGCAUGCUGGCUCUGCGGGAGGAGCAGCUCACCAGCGCCACCUUCAGGCUGGGUGUGAUUGAGGAGGAGAGAGAGGAAGACGAGAGGAAGUUAAGCGUUGCCGUGGCUGCAGUCGAUCGAAUGAACGUACUGGAGGAACAGUUUGCAGGAAUGCUGAGGGAUCUUCACCAGCUCAGCGAGGUCUACAACAGCAGCCCAAGCAACGCGCAGCGUCCUGACAAGCAGCACAUCAACAGCACCUGAGCCACGACAGCUUUCAGUCUCGCAGAUUUUUUAUCGCGUAAAAUAAACUUAACAUCUAAGAAGGAAACGUGUGCGCGAGCAAACUGUGAAACCACAGAAAUGGUCUGUAUGUCAGCUUUUACUGUAUCUCAGCUACACAAAAACCUUUCAGAUAAAUCAAAUAAAUUCAGCUGAUUCUC